AGGGUUUGAGACGUUUCGAGUCGUUUUCUCAGCAGUCGCAGCAGCUUUGUGCUCCAGUCUGAGUUAACUGAACCCUGGACAAACUUCAGGUCAGAAUGAAGAAGAAAAAGUAGCGAUGGAAGCUCGCGCUGGGUUCACUUAACGAUCCGGUACAGCGGAAAGACUCGGACAUGGGUCAGACAUCAGUGUCCAGCCUGGGUCCCGAGAGCUCCGUGGAGGGACUGGAAAAAGCUUCUCUGGCCAAUUGCGACAUGGUGGUAGACGCUUCCCAGGCCUCUCAGCUGAAAGGAAAGGGCAAGCUGUCGUCGCUGGGCAAAAUCUUCAAACCCUGGAAGUGGCGCAAGAAAAGAACCAGCGACAAGUUUCAGGAUCUAUCCAAAGUUCUGGAGAGGAAAAUCUCCACCAGACAGACCAGAGAGGAGCUGAUUAAGAAGGGGGUUCUUAUUCCAGAUCAAGAUGAAGCGGUCAGCACCGAGACUCCAAACGGACAUGCGGUUUCCAGCGGAGUUACUGAGGAGGUGAAAGUGGAUAUCGAGUCUCCAGAAACUCCGGCCGAGGUGAAGACAGAGGCGACAACAGAGGCCCAAAUCACAGAAGAGAGCUGUCGCCCCGCCUGCGCACCGGUAGAAAAGAAAGAAAAGCCACGCAGCCCGAAGGCCGGCACUUCGGCCGCUCAGAAACCGGCCGCUAAAAAACAGCAGGCCGCGGCCAGCAAGGCACCGAGCGGGCCGGCGGGGGCGGCGGGCGCGGGGGCCAGGAAGGACGCCAAGUCGGGGGGUAAAAAAGUACCGAAGGGUACGGGCAAACAGGCCUCCGCUCCUCCGCCCAAACAAAACACAAGAACCACGACCACCACAGCACGUGGAAACGGUAAACCCUCCAAUCCUAAAAAGACCACCGCCGCUUCUAAGAGCUCCCCUCAGAACUCCGGAAAAACCUCAGCGAGCGGCGUGAAGAACCACAAGGACAACCUCUCUGAACUGACCCCACCGGAGACCAAGUCCGGAAAGAAGUCCAGAUCGCCUCAGCCGCGGGUCAGAACCACUCCGGCUAAAGACGCAAACUCUUCCGCUAAAGAGCAGAAGAGCGUCGGCGUGGCUCCCGGUGCGGACGCGAAGGCGAGUAAGGAGGCGUCUCAGGUUCACGAGGAGGUUCAGAAACAGACUGAAUCUACUGCGCAGUCGAAGGAACGUCGAGCACACGGGGAUAAAGCUGCGGAGGAGACGGCCUUUACUGCGAGUGCACCUUCUACUGACACGUCAGGAAACGGUCGGGGUCCAGAGCCCACCCCAGAGGGCACCACGACUAAAGCAGAUGGAGACCAAGACAGUGACGGAAGCAGGAAACCACAGGGUGUGAACGUGGAAAGUCCAGAAGUGACCGUCAUCCCUGAUUCUGCCCGAGAGACGCAGGUCAGCGACUCCGACUCGGAUGGACCCAUUCUGUACAAGGAUGAAGACGAGGAGGAGGAUGAGGAGGACGAGUAUACCUCCAGUUCCCUUGCCAGUAAAAUCCGCCGCAGAGACACACUGGCCAUCAAACUGGGCAACAGGCCCAGCAAGAAAGAGCUGGAGGAGAAGAAUAUUCUCCCGAGGACGUCGGAGACGGAGAGACAGGAACUGCGACAGCGGAUUGGCUGCAAACUAGUGAGACGGCUGAGUCAGAGACCCACCACAGAAGAGCUGGAGCAGAGGAACAUCUUGAAACAAAAGAACGAGGAAGAGGAGCACGAAGCCAAGCAAGAAUUAAAAAGGCGACUUUCUCGAAAGCUGAGUCUCAGGCCCACGGUCGCGGAGUUAGUGGAGCGGAGGAUCCUGCGCUUUAACGAGUACGUCGAGGUGACCGAUGCGAAGGACUACGAUCGACGUGCGGAUAAACCCUGGACCAGGCUGACCCCUGCUGACAAAGCUGCUAUACGGAAGGAGCUUAACGAGUUCAAAAGCAAAGAGAUGGAGGUUCAUGAGGACAGUAAACAGUUUACCAGGUUCCAUCGGCCCUGAAGCCUCCUCUGGUCCGAGAGGCUGGACCGGUGCCCUGAACGGCCUCACUUCCUGUUACUUCACUUUGUACUGUGGUGCCAAGAGCCGAGCUCCGUCACACGCCGCCGCGCCGCGGAUCAGCCGGACCGCCACAGAGCGAGAGACCUCGGCGCAGGGACUCACGGGGGCCUCGCUCUGUCCCGGCUUUCUUUGCACACACACUAAGGACGAGACGUGGAUUAUUUUCAGUUUGUCUCAGGAGAAGCGCCGCUGUGUAUAAGGGGGCAGGGUUUAGCCGGGCGGGGGGACCCCACUAGCUGUAACGUUGGUAGAAGAUGCCCCCAUUUCAAAUAUACAAAUAAAUUAUUUAAUAAAAUGUGAUCCACAUUUUAGCCUGUGUUCAAAAUGUCAUUGAAAUAGUUCCUUCUCAGUCGGUUAUUCAGUCGGUUUGGGACAGAACAUCAACCUUCAGUUUGUGGAGUGUCUGUAUUGUGGUGCCAUCAGCCAAUCAGCAUUCAUUAGCAUGCUAAAUCACGAUAAUACAGCUAGCGGACGCCGUUUUAAGACCUGGAGGUCAUGCUGACCACUCUCUCCAGUUCCUGGUUAGCGCACCGUCAUGAUUACGUGUCCACGUCCAGAAGAAAUCCUUUUUCUACGUUUGACUAGUUUUAAAAUGCUAUUACGAGGUUAUAGGUGGAGUCUUAUAUUCUAAAUAUUCCUGCAUGCUAAAAAUAAAACUAUAUCCUCUUUUUUUGGUAAUUUAGACCCAAAUUUGGACGUUUGAAUGAAUUCUGAGUAACGAGGGCUGGGUACAGAAUCAAAAAAUCUGAUUUUCGACCUUAUUACACUCGGGUAUUGACAGACAGGUGACGAAUUUAAAUAAAACCAAGUAAAUAAUCAUUGUGAGCGUAUAAUGUGGGAAUCACAGCAAUUCAGAGCGUCAAUACAGGUAUAAAGUGGAUAUUUUAUUGGAAGAAUGAGGUUAUCAUCCUCCAGUCCCAUCCAGAGACUUAUAUUGAUUAUAGAAUCUACACCUAGGUGCAUUAAAGCUGAUCUGAAAGCUCGGGCAUCUCUCUUUGGUAUCUCUCAUUUUCCUCAUCACACAUCUGUAAAUUCAUUUUUAAAUAAUAUUCUAGGUAUAACUAAAUGGUUUUGUAUAGCAUUUAGCUAAUUUUGUACCUACAGUCUGUAUCGAUCGGCCUGAGCGUUGCGUUAUGAAUCAUGUAUUGAUCGCGGUAAGAUCGGACCCUCGGGCUUCUUUUUAACUCAUUACCGAGACGCUAUUUACACAUUUGAACUAAAUUCUAGCUGUACACAUGUAGUCGAUGUAUUUAAGAUGAACUUUUAGAGUUUUACAUGCAGUUAACUCAAACAGAACCAGAAGCUCAACGUUUUACCUCUCAUCUGCACCACCACCACCUCUGGACUCCCAUCAGUUUUGAACAUAAUAAACUGUUAUAUUUAGGUUAUAUUGAGAUCAAACUACAGGUGAAGACGUCGUACGUGUGCUCGUGUCGGACGCUGAGUCUUAUUUUGUCACUGCAGAACAUCCUGAAUACAUUUAAAUUAUUUUGAAUCAGUCCAUGUACAGAAUCUGAGUAUAAAAAUACGAGUGUAAAUAUAAAACAUACGCUGAAACCCA